UGGCAAUGUCGCCAUUUGAGAUGGCAGCCCAUUCCACCAAGACCUUUCGUCAACUUAACCUCUGUACUCCCUCCCUCUCUCUCUCUCUCCCUCUCCCUCUCUGCCUCUCCCUCUCCCUCCGGACCAUCCGCACCUUGGCCCGUUACCAUGGAGAGCACAAUACACUCCUACAUACGCCUAUUGGCGAUGUACAUUGUCGAUACAGUCGGCCUGACCUCGACGUCAUCCUCGCAUUGUCCUAUUCGAAGAAUGGGCAUCCUAUAUAGCAGCCUCUCUCUCUGGCGCCAUGAACCCCCCAGACCCACGAAGACCUCCAUGGACCUCGCGAGCCUCCCUCCCGAGAUCCUCCUCUGCAUUGGCGAGCAUCUGGAUGAAAAAGACCUGAACUCGCUCAUCAGGACGGCCAGAGUAUUUGCCGAACUGCUCUCACCCCAGCUCUACGACUUCGUGGUGGGCUGCCGCACACGCCACGCCUCUUCCGAUCUGGCACCCAACUCGAGCUUCAAGAACGGUGCUCUAUCGCAUGCCGGUCGCUGGCAUUCGCGCUAUGCGCUCAACUACUUUCGUACAAAGCGAGCCGACAUCCUUUUGCGCAUGGACCAGGAAGGAGGGCUCCUCCUAAACAGAAUCGCACGUGCCGGGAACGCAGAAUUGGUAUCGAUUCUCCUGGCUAGAGGUGCAGACGUCAACGCCCACUAUCGUGAUCCGCAUGCGUUGGCCUGGGCGGCGAAACGGGGCCACAAGGACGUUGUCCGCAUACUCCUUGACGCAGGAGCGGAUGAUGACGUCUUCAAGCCCUGCCAGAAGACGCUAUUGCACGCAGUCUAUCGAUAUAGAUUCAACAAAUGCCCCGUGAUCUCUCAGAUGCUGAUCGACCGGCUCAAGGAGCGCGGCGAGAUAUCAAAACGAAGUUCUGACAAUUCCACGGUUUUACACUACGCCGUUAGAUAUAACAAGACAUACGCCGUACCGCAGCUGAUCAAAGCUGGUAUCGAUUUGAUGGUUCUCGACAGCGAUGGUUUGUCCGCCCUGGAUAUUGCCAUCAAAUUUGGAAAAAUGGACGUCGUGCGCCUACUGCUUCAGGUAUACCCGGGACCCUGGCCGUCUUAUUACAUUCAAAAGGCCAUAUGGGAGGCAUGCGACAGGCUUGAUCUCGAGAUGCUUGAGCGAAUCGUGCCUCUAGUGGAGUCUCGAACUAUACCCGUGGAUAUUUCGCUUUUCGAGAGAAGUCGAGCCGGGCUGACGGCUCUCCACGUCGCAGCCCGCGGACCCAAAGACUGGGCCCGAGUGUCUGACAGUGCUUUCUCUCGCGAAUCACACUGCCUUGUCAAGCGAUGGCAGAAGGUGGUCGACCUCCUCCUGAAAAUGGGCGCCAGCAUCUCCGCCCGGGAUUGUAUCGGACGCACGCCGUUCCUGUACGCAGUCGAGAACGGCAGCCCGGAGAGAAUACCUUUCUUGCUCCAGAGACUCGGCUCCACGACCUCGAUCCGUGAUCACCUGGGCCGCACGCCGCUUCAUGCCGCGGUGCACAGCGAAAAGAGCGAGCUCAUGGUCCGAUGGCUGCUCCCGCUCGGUUUCGACAUCAACGCGCAAGACUCCCACGGACAAACGCCACUGCACUACGCGGCUACGUGCGCUUCGACCCUGCCGACUCUGGAAUACCUACUCAGCGCCGGUGCCGAUGACUCGAUUUGCGAUAGGCAGGGCUUGCCCCCGAGUCAUUUCGCCGCUACCCAAAGACGAGAUGCAGGUCUUAGGCUAUUCGUCAACGCGGGUGCCGCUCUGCACAGGAACUGUGAACUGUGCUUCCGGAAAUCCAUUGAGUGGAGAACGGACCAUGGCGAGUGGCAGAAUCUCUCGGAACCUUCGGAUCUAAAUGACCUCUUCGACCAGAAAUAAAGCUGGGACUUUUUUAAAUUACACCACACCUCCACACAUCCCACGCUUACCAUAUAUCUAACCAACGAUCUCUUCCUCCGGUGUCUUACCCUCGACUCCUUCACGAAAUUAACGACUUUGAAAUAGGAAUUCUUUUUCGUUUUAUUCCUUUCAGGGGCGCAGCGAUGGAAUGGCGUUUUUAUUAUUAUUUUUAUUAUUAUUAUCAUUUUUCUUUUUUUUUAUUAUUCCGGCCUGUUCUGAAAAUACCCUUGUUUAUUGCAUUGAGCCUUUUGCCUGCAUUUCUCCUGUUUUGUUUCAAGGAAUAUAUAUACCCAAUCUCCAUACCGAAUUGUAUCUCUGCUCUCUCCUUUUUUAUUAUUAUUAUUAUUUUUAUUUAUUUCUAUUUUGGCUUUCCUGCGCCUUCAUGCGAAAUGAUUCAUCAACGGCCUUGUCAAGCACAUACAUACAUCUGUCCCAGCAUGAGAGUCCAGCUCUUUUUUUUUUUAAAAAUUUUUUGUAAGCCAAGCAUUCUACUCAUUUUACGCAUGCAUCCACACAAACAGCUACAGUGCUAGGUUUUUCAACUCUUCUGUCCGUCGCAAGAUUUCCCGGAUAUCAAGCUUCGCAGAAAUUAGCGGAAUUGAAAUGAACAAAUUAUCAAGAACAUGAAAAAA